CACAAAUACUGGUGUGGCGUGCCGUUAACGAGCAACGGCGAUGAAGAGACCUCGAGCUACAUCUCCGCCGUCGAUCUCUGCCACCACGAAACCACCUCUGUCUCCGCCGGUCACACCGAUUCUAAAACAGAAGCUACACAGAACAGGAGCACCAAAAUGGUUCCCAUUAAAACUCACCCACACGGAGCUUACUCUACCGUUAACUUUUCCGACGGGCCAAACAUUCCGGUGGAAGCAGACUGGAGUGAUUCAAUACAGCGGAACGAUUGGACCUCACCUCGUUUCUCUCCGCCAGUGUCCAGGAGACGAUACAGUUUCUUACUGCGUCCAUUGUAGCACUAGCCCUAAAUCCGCGGAGCUUGCGCUGCUCGAUUUUCUCAAUGCUGAGAUAUCGUUAGCUGAGCUAUGGUCUGAUUUCUCGAAGAAGGAUCCUCGUUUCGGAGAGCUGGCGAAACAUCUUCGUGGUGCUCGUGUGCUGAGACAGGAUCCGCUUGAGUGCUUAAUUCAGUUUUUGUGCUCGUCGAACAAUAAUAUCGCGAGGAUUACGAAGAUGGUGGAUUUCGUCUCGUGUUUAGGAUCACAUUUGGGUGACGUUGAAGGAUUUGAGUUUCAUCAGUUCCCAUCAUUGGACCGUUUAUCUAAGGUUUCUGAAGCAGAGCUUAGAAAGGCUGGUUUUGGUUACAGAGCCAAAUACAUAACAGGUACAGUGAAUGCUUUGCAAUCAAAGCCUGGUGGUGGCAAUGAAUGGCUUCUUUCUUUACGCAAGUUGGAUCUCCAAGAGGCAGUUGCUGCACUGUGUACGUUACCUGGUGUUGGUCCAAAGGUAGCAGCUUGCAUAGCUCUGUUUUCUCUUGAUCAGCAUAGUGCCAUUCCCGUUGACACACAUGUCUGGAAGAUCGCCACAAAUUAUCUACUGCCAGACCUUGCUGGUGCAAAACUGACAGCUAAACUCCACGGCCGAGUGGCAGAAGCAUUUGUGGAUAAAUAUGGUGAAUAUGCUGGUUGGGCUCAAACGUUGCUUUUCAUCGCCGAGUUACCUGCACAAAAAACUCUCUUGCAGUCGUUUUCCCAGCCGAUUAAAAAACUGGACACAUCUGCGGAAGAUAAUGAAACUAGUUGUGGCACUAUAUAAAGCCAAGACUAUGCUCCACCCAAGUGUCAGAAGGAAUUUUGCUAGACGUGAGGCUUUCAUGAUGCGUGAAGAAAAUGCAGUUCUCUGGCUGAUGCAAUAUUUGGAUCCCUGAUUAGUUAGUGUCGCAUUGUUGGUUCUUCAGAUCACUAUUUCCUAGGGAACCCAUCCUUGAUUUAUACUUGUAACUUCUCAAUGAUAUUUCUAAAAUUCAAAUUGUUUGUUCCUUUUGCAA